AUGCUGCUGGGGCGCGCACCUAUGGGGGAUUUAACGUAUCUUGUAAACUCAAAAGAUGUUCAACUCCUCCCUUCAGAGUUUCAACACGGUCCCGGCGGAGGAUGAUGGUGCUGAUGUUGAUUGUGAGCGGCUUGGUGGUGGCUGCACUUUGAAGACGAGCUGGAGGAGGUGGCGGAGAAACAUCAUUUAGGUGUGUGCGUGUGUGUGAACGAGAAGGAAAAAGCUGAGUGUGCUGAGCGUGAGCCCGGGAGCGCAUUAUCUGGGCGCUCGGUGUGCCACGGAGACGCGACCCGGAGAAGAUGCGGAUCUCCACAGCAAAGGAGACUAACUGGAGGGAUUCAUGUCUCACUCAGCUGAGUGGCUGAAACCUAUCCGUAGAACGAAAAUAGGAGGAUUUUCACAUCGGCAGGUCAAAGUUUUUCCCUCUGUAGUGGGAUUUCUUUACUUCUUUUUUUUUUCUGACGCUGUGAUGGAGCGCCACUUGGGAGAGAGAGGAUGAUGGACACUUUGGCACCUGCAGCUCUCGUCCAGAAAUCGCUCCGUCUCCAGAACAAGGCGCGCUGCUGACCGAAUCCUCAGGACGGUGAUCGCUCAUUUGUUUUGAAGUGGCAGGGGGAGGAAAAAAGAUUAAAACGAAAAGAGUGAGCUGGGAAUGUUGUGCGCAGCGAUUCCUCGGAGACCGACGUGCGCACUCACCACAUUCCCGCCGAGGAGCGCACCUUAAAGAGAAGAGCCUCUUUCUCCUUUCAUUGCUCAUUCCCGCUGCUCUGAACUUGUUGAGCGGCUCUAGAGAAAGGACAUAAACCUGGAGACGCGAAAAAUCACCAGAUCGUCAGGUGGAAGCGGACUAUGAUUGGCAGCCGGGGAAGCUGAGGAGACCUGCCACUCAAUUGGCUAUCAACGUGUCAGAGGGGCUAUCAUCUGCUCGUCUAGCCCUCUUAUUCCUCUGCGGUCUUCUCUUCUUAUCUUUGGCCCUGUAACCUCACAGUCUUUUGCUUCACUGGAAACCUAAAAAACACUUCUAAAUCAAGCUGUGCCCCCCUCCCGACACCCCCCACCCCUGGAAGGGAGCUUGACAUGCCUCCUCACUCCAUUUGAGUCAUUGGAAGAAGAAUAUUAUAAUCCUUGGUUUGUACAUCUUUAGAAGGAGACACAGCUCCAUUGGAAGGAGCUGAGAGAGGAGCAGUCAUGAGGUUUCAGUUUGCACUGACCCUCCAGGCGAUAUGGACUGGCUUGUGCCAUACAGCCAUGCAACACUACCCUGCAGCGUGGGGCCACUAUGAUGUCUGCAAGUCCCAGGUGUACUCAGAUGAAGGUUUAACCUGGGACUACAUGGCCUGCCAACCGGAGGCAGCAGACAUGACCCAGUUCCUGAAGGUUACCCUGGAUCCCCCCAACAUCACAUGUGGAGACCCUCCAGAGACAUACUGUGCCCUGGAGAAUCCUUACAUGUGCAAUAAUGAAUGUGAUGCCAGCACUGAGGAACUUGCUCACCCUCCAGAGCUGAUGUUUGACAUCGAGGGCCGUAACCCUACAACUUUCUGGCAGUCCACGACUUGGAAGAAAUACCCAAAGCCCCUUUUGGUCAACAUCACGUUAUCUUGGAACAAAACCAUCGAGCUGACUGACGACAUCGUCAUCACUUUUGAGUCAGGCCGGCCUGAGCAGAUGGUCCUGGAGAAAUCUCUAGAUUAUGGGCGAACCUGGCAACCCUACCAGUUUUACGCCACCGACUGCCUGGAUGCCUUUACUAUGGAGCCCAAAACAGUGCAGGACCUGUCCCAGCAUACCCUGCUAGACAUCAUCUGCACAGAGGAUUACUCACGAGGGUACGUGUGGAAGUAUGACAAAACUGUACGCUUUGAAAUCAAGGACCGGUUUGCACUGUUUGCUGGGCCCAGGCUGCACAACAUGGCCUCGCUUUAUGGGCAGCUGGACACAACCAAGAACCUGAGGGACUUCUUCACCAUCACUGAUCUGAGAAUUCGGCUGCUUCGGCCUGCCACUGGAGCUACGAUGGUGGAUGAGAGCAGCCUGUCAAGAUACUUCUAUGCCAUUUCUGACAUCAAAGUUCAGGGCAGGUGCAAGUGCAACCUUCAUGCCAACAGCUGCGUGUUUGACAAAGAGAAGUUGAGCUGCGAGUGCGAGCACAACACCACCGGGCCCGACUGCGGGCGCUGUAAGAGGAACUACCAAGGGCGAACGUGGAGUGCCGGCUCCUACCUGCCCAUUCCCAAGGGCACGGCUAAUAUCUGUGUUCCUAAUAACAUUGGUCCAGUUAUACGGCCGAAUGUCUCGUCUCUAGGUGUUGCUAACCGAAAAGAAGUAGCUCCUCAAGUUGCAUUGUCCACUGCCCCUUCUGUCCAUGCUGCGAACAGCAAGCGAGACUGCGAAUGCUUCGGCCACUCCAACCGAUGUAGCUACAUCGAGGUGCUAAACACCGUCAUUUGCGUGAGCUGCAAGCACAACACUAGGGGCCAGCACUGCCAGCUGUGCAAGCUGGGCUACUACCGCAAUGCCUCAGCAGAACUGGACGAUGAAAAUGUGUGCAUAGAGUGUAAUUGUAAUCCUUCUGGCUCAGUCAGUGAUCGCUGUAAUGGCACAGGAUAUUGUAUAUGUAAGGAGGGCACUACGGGCCCCAAGUGUCAGGAGUGUCUACCCGGCUAUUUGUGGGAAAAUGGCUGCAAAUCCCGGGUGUGUGACAACGAACUCCUGCGCUGCCAAAAUGGUGGGGAGUGUGUGAACAACCGCUGUAGCUGUCCCCACUCCCACACAGGCCUGCUGUGCGAGAAGCCCAGCUGCGAGUCCGAGCUGGGGGGUUGCAAGGGGGCCAAUUCAGGCCAGGGACCCCUGAAGCCUCCUUCGCUCUACAAUUUGCUGACACUGCUGCUGCUGGGUGUGGCAAUGCUGAGAGAAACCCCCUGCUGGUCCACAAUGCUCUGAAGUGACCUGUUCCUGAGUGGGAACGACACUCAAUCCCACCGCCUCCACCUUAGUCCUCUCAACCCUUCCCUUACAGAUAACCAACAACCAUUAAAAAAAUGAACAAGCAUUAGCUUUCUGGACUGUGACAUAUUGAGUUUCUCCGCUGCCAGACUCGUUGCUGACAAUGAAGGGAAUGUGCCAGACUUAAGCAAAAACUUUAAUUUAAUUUCAAAGAAUAUAUAAAAGUAAAGAGUAUACAUCUAAAAUAAAAAAAGCAUUAAUUAAAGUAUGAGUAACUCAGCAUUUGCCUGAAAAAUCAAAGAAUGGUGAAACCACCCACCCCCCCCCCACCCCCACCCCCACCCCCUCAGUCUACCCCCACCCUUCCACCUACCCUCUAAGCCAUACCAGGUACAUGAGAUCCUUCCAGUUUGAAGAGGAACAACUCAAGAUGACAGACUUGUUCAACGCCUUUCUUAUUGCCACGGCAACCACAGCUGCAGCCAAUCAGCUCUUGCACAAGCUGAAGGUGGCCCGAUGAUUCCAGCCUCCCCCCUUGGGAUGUAUCUGUGAGUUAAUGUUUGCUGGACUGACAAUGGCGAAGAAGAAAAAAAAAAACCAUCCUUGCCAAGCAGCGAAGAGGACGGUCCUCAGAGACAAAAUUGUUACACUUCAAGGCAAUGUCGAACGGCGAGAGCUGAAAAAAAAAAAAACAUUCUUUGCUGUCAGUGCAUUGUGGAUAGAAGGAAAUCUGUCCAGACUGUCUCUUUGUAAUGCAAAAACUUUACCCAUGCUAACCCAAGCCUCAACUGUCUCAUCUUCUCUCCUGUUCUGCCCUCUAACCUCUAAACCCAACACCCCAAAUCCCCCUCCCUCCACCUACAUCCCCAUGCCAUGCUGCCACUGACCUGUGCAUUCGUGAACGUUACUCUGUAAACCCUCGUUGGUUGAAAGAGUCUUUUGUCCAAUGUUAGUGAUGCACAUGUGUAAGAAGCGCCCCCGGCCCCUCUCAUCCUUUCCUCUACUUCCAAAAAGAUAAUUCAGUAAAGCUGUCCAACUCCUCUUUCUUAGAGCCACCUCGCUCCCUGCAAUUGUGGACAGAGGGUAGGUUUUACCCCGAGCAGACAAGAAAUGCAUAGAGAACCAUCAGUGUAUUUGCAAGUUCUUUUUCUUGACAGAAAAAAAAGAGUCAUGUAGUCCUUUUUGUAUCUCUGCCAAACUGUGAUUGAAAAAAAGCAACCUUUAAUGUAUCUAUUUAAGACAUCCAAAUGCAGAAGCAAUUGUAUUCUUCUCUUUUUAUUUAAUUUUUUUAUUAAUCAUUAAUUUAUUUUAAUUUAGUUGUGCAGUUGAUUUCCCUUUGUAUUGGCAACGUGCUGGCAUCAAAGAAUAUUAGUUUACAUAUACAGUAUUAAUAAAGUGUAUUAAAAUCCCACCAAAGGACAUUAUAAAUGUUUUGUUCUUGCUUUAACACUUGAAAAUUUAAGUGAAUAAAAGUCUAAAACUAAA